AUGAGACAGUUCACUUGCCCCUGUCGUUUACGCCACCGAAUCUCAAUUCUUUCCGGCGCCGGAAAUUCUCGAAUCGCCGCACGUCUUUCUUCUUUACCCCUAAAAUCCACCACCGAGGAGUCCUCACAACCACCGAUAAGUUCUGAUAUUUUGCUUGAAUCAGUACGAUCUUCUCAGUGGCAUUUCGUCGAACAGCUUUCGGACAAGAUCACACCUUCCGUUGUAUCAACAACUCUGCUAAACCUCGUCAAGACUCCAGAUUUAGCACUCAGUUUCGUCAAACACAUAGAUCUUCGUUUCCUGGACUUCUCAACACAGUGCCUAGCCAUUGCUGUUGUCUCUAAGCUAUCUUCUCCCAAACCAGCUCUUCAGCUACUUAAUGAAGUCGUUGUUAGUAGAAGUAAGAGCAGUUUUAGUGUUAGAGACGUUUUCGAUGAAUUGGUGCUUGCUCGUGAUAAAUUAGAGACUAAAAGCACCAUUCUUUUCGAUUUCUUGGUCAGGUGUUGCUGUCAAUUGAAUAUGGUUGAAGAAAGUAUAGAGUGCUUUUACUUGAUGAAGGAGAAAGGUUUUGUUCCAAAAACUGAGACAUGUAAUUGCAUUCUGAGUUCGUUAUCGAGGCUAAACCGAACAGAGAGCGCUUGGGUCUUCUACGCUGAUAUGUAUAGGAUGGAUAUUAAGUCGAAUCUAUACACUUACAACAUUAUGAUCAACGUGUUGUGCAAGGAAGGGAAGUUGAAAAAGGCCAAGGGAAUGUUGGGAAUCAUGGAGUGUUUUGGAGUUAAGCCUAACAUCGUCACUUACAACACUCUGGUUCAAGGGUAUUCGUCGAGAGGACGAGUCGAAGGUGCUCGGAUGGUUAUCAAUGAGAUGAAAUCAAAAGGCUUUAAACCAGAUUUGCAGACAUACAACCCGAUUCUUUCUUGGAUGUGUAAUGAAGGAAGAGCCAGUGAGGUUCUGAGGGAGAUGAAGGAGUUGGGUUUGGUUCCGGACUCUGUCUCGUACAAUAUUUUGAUCCGUGGUUGUAGUAACAGAGGAGAUUUGGAGUCAGCUUUUGCUUGCAGGGAUGAGAUGGUGAAAGAAGGUUUCACGCCAACGUUUUAUACAUACAACACGUUGAUUCAUGGUUUAUUUAUGGAGAACAAGAUCGAAGCCGCUGAGAUAUUGAUAAAGGAGAUUAGAGAGAGAAGUAUUGCCUUGGAUGCUGUCACUUACAACAUACUCAUAAAUGGGUAUUGCCAACAUGGAGAUGCAAAGAAAGCAUUUGAUUUGCAUGACGAAAUGAUGACCGAUGGGAUUCAGCCUACGCAGUUUACUUAUACAUCGCUUAUCUAUGUCCUAUGUAGAAGAAAGAAAACGAAGGAAGCAGAUAAGUUGUUCGAGAAAGUUGUAAGCAAAGGAAUGAAGCCUGAUCUUGUGAUGAUAAAUGCCUUGAUGGAUGGUCACUGUUCUACAGGCAACAUGGACCGUGCAUUUUCUCUUCUUGCGGAGAUGGAUAAGAUGAGAAUCGAUCCUGAUGAUGUGACAUACAAUUGCUUGAUGAGGGGGCUCUGUGGAGAAGGAAAAUUUGAUGAAGCUCGUGAGCUGAUGGGAGAGAUGAAGAGAAGAGGAAUCAAACCUGACCACAUUAGUUACAACACUCUUAUAAGUGGGUAUAGUAAGAAAGGGGAUACAAAGCAUGCUUUCAUGGUUCGGGAUGAGAUGUUGAGUCUGGGGUUUAAUCCCACUCUUCUCACCUACAAUGCUCUGUUGAAGGGUUUGAGUAAGAACCAGGACGGGAAACUCGCAGAAGAAUUGCUUCGGGAAAUGAAAAGUGAAGGGAUUACUCCUAAUGACAGCACCUACUGCUCUGUAAUUGAGGCAAUGUCUAAUUUGGAACAUAAUGCAGAAAAGUCUGAUACUUGAUUGAUCAUGGCAAGCUAAACUAAAGACCAUUUUUAA